UCGGAAGCGCAUGCUCCGGAGCGCGCGUUCGGCGUUGGAGGUGGUUGGUCGGUGAGAGUUGAUGGAGGAGAUUCGAGGUGAUUAUUUUCCAGUCAGAGAAGGAAGCCAGUGCCUGCCACUCUCUCCACAUGUGUCCCUGCCAUGAUCAGGUGUCUCUCAGAUGACGUAAAAACCAAGUUGCGUUCCGGUUUAGCCAUAAGCUCCUUGGGCCAGUGUGUUGAAGAACUUACCCUUAACAGUAUUGAUGCUGAAGCAACAUGUGUGGCCAUCAGAGUGAAUAUGGAAACCUUCCAAGUUCAAGUGAUAGACAACGGACUUGGGAUGGCGGUGGACGAUGUAGAGAAGGUGGGAAACCGGUAUUUUACUAGUAAAUGCCACUCAGUGCGGGACUUGGAGAACCCAGCAUUUUAUGGUUUCCGAGGAGAGGCCUUGGCAAGUAUUGCUGACAUGGCUGGUGCUGUGGAGAUUUCAUCCAAGAAAAACACAACACUGAAAACCUUUGCGAAAAUGUUUCAGAACGGAAAAGCCCUCGCCACCCAUGAGGCUGAUUUGACCAGACCAAGUGUGGGGACUACAGUAACGGUCUAUAACCUGUUUUACCAGUUUCCCGUGCGGAGGAAAAGCAUGGAUCCUAGACUAGAGUUUGAGAAAGUUCGGCAGAGAGUAGAAGCUCUCUCACUUAUGCACCCCUCCAUUUCUUUCUCUUUGAGGAAUGAUGUGUCUGGAUCCAUGGUUCUUCAGCUCCCUAAAACCAAAGACAUAUGUUCUCGAUUCUGUCAAAUUUACGGAUUGGGCAAGUCCCAAAAGUUAAGAGAAAUACAUUUUGAAUACAAGGACUUUGAGCUCAGUGGCUACAUCAGCUCUGAAGCACACUAUAAUAAGAAUAUGCAGUUUCUCUUUGUGAACAGAAGACUAGUUUUAAGGACAAAGUUGCAUAAACUUAUUGACUUUUUAUUAAGAAAAGAAAGCAUUAUAUGCAGGCCAAAGAAUGGCUCUGCCAGCAGGCAAAUGAAUUCAAGUCCUCGUCACCGUUCUGCCUCAGAGCUCCACGGGAUAUAUGUAAUCAAUGUGCAGUGCCCGUUCUGUGAGUAUGAUGUCUGCAUAGAGCCAGCCAAAACUCUGAUUGAGUUUCAGAGCUGGGAUACCGUGUUGAUUUGUAUUCAGGAAGGAGUAAAAAGGUUUUUAAAGCAAGAAAAACUAUUUGUAGAAUUAUCAGGUGAAGAUAUUAAGGAAUUUAAUGAAGACAAUGGUUUUAGUUUGUUUGGCACAACUCUUCAGACACAUGUGUCUACUCAUGGGAAGUGUGACCAGAGCAGUUUCCAGGAAGCGUGUAAUAAUAUCCUGGAUUCCUAUGAAAUGUUUAAUUUGCAGUCAAAAGCUGUGAAAAGAACAGCUACUCUAGAAAAGAAAACCACACAACACUCUGGUGACUCAGAAGCUCUCAGAACAAAGACCGUGGGCUCAUUGUACACAGAUGCAUCGGAUGGCCUGUGCUAUAGUAAAACUGUAGAGUCUGUGUUACACAACAGCAACAACGGUGCUUACUUAGAACCAAGGGUGUCAGAAGAAGAGGUAGCCAAAACACCACACUCCGGAGAAAAUGAGAAAUGGAAAAAAUCUUUUUUGGAAAAUAAGACUUCAGAAAGGACACAUGAAACCAGUCCAAAAAUGUUUUCAAGCCCCAUCCAAAUGCCUCAUCUCCUUGAGGAGAGUGAGGCCGAUCUGGAGAUGCAGACAAUAAGUCGUACUGUUAAUGUCAUGGCUGCCAACAUUCCCCAGAGUAGUGACAUUCCGAGUCAACUGGAGAAAUGGAAAGGUGCUCCUGAAGUGGGGUGCCAACCUCUGCCUUUUGAGACAACAUUAUUAAGGGUACAGGGUACUCAGAGGAAGAAGGAAAGAAGGAAAAAGGAGCCCAGUAGUCGUGGAAGAGUAAAUGUUUUUAGUUAUGGACAAGUUAAAUUAUGCUCCACUGGCUUUAUAACUCAUGUAGUACAAAGUGAGCACGCUAAAUCAACUGAAACAGAACAUUCAUUUAAAAAUUAUGCUCGACCUGGUCCUGUAAGUGCCCAAGAAACAUUUGGAAAUAGAACACACCAUGCAAUUGAGACUCCAGACGGCAGUGAUUUAACAAGCACUUUAAGUAAAGAAUCCACUCAACCGCCCAACAAAAGGUUUUGCAGAACAAAUACAGGUUACGGGACAGAGAACAAACCUGUAGCAACAGAUGACAACUUGGCUCUUUUUCAGGGAAGCUGUAAAGAACCACACACAGAUCACCUUUUGCCUGAUGCAUCCUCCUUCCCAUGGUGUAAAUAUGUUUCCGAUGGUUGUAGGAAAAUCGAUAAAAGGGGUUCCUUCAAACACGUAGGCCGUAGGAAGCUAAGCUUGCGUUCACAAGUAGGGUCUUUAGAGAAGUUUAAGAGGCAGUAUGGGAAGGUCAGCAAUUCCCCAGAUACAGAAAAGGAUAAUAACACUGAAGUCAGGACUCAUCUUGAUCCCCAAAAUGAACCUGAUGUUCUUCUGAAAGACAAGAGCCACUUAGAUAUGUCUGGUGGUCGUGAGAUCGCCACUGUGGAGCACAGUGAGACUUGCCCACCAUUAAGUCCCAUCCUGUGCCCAGAGGCAAUUUCAUCUUCCAAAGAAGAUCACUUAGAACAGAUGCCUCAUUUGAGAGAAAGUCCUAUCACUCUGCAAGAAUUAUCUCACUGUAACAGAAGAGCUGCUGUUGAGAAGUCCACCGCAUCACUGGCUUCUAAAUUAUCCAAACUAAAGGAUUCUGAAAAAGAGAUGCAAACCGUGGGGAUGACAAGUCAUACUAGUGAACUUCCAGAUUCAAAUCCCAGUUGGAAAGAUGAUAGCCAGUGCACUAGGUUAGACUUGGAUUUUUGUGAAUUAUUAAGAAACAAACUUGAGAAAAUAGAGAGUGACAUGCUUCCGAUGCCAGAUUCUGCCACAGAGGAUGAUCCCAUCAAUAAAGACAGCGGACUACAUUCUAACAAUCGAACGGAUGGCACAGAGAAGCCAGAAACUCCUUUGCUGUUCCCCUGUAAUGAUUCUAAAAUCAGCAGAGAUUCAGAUGUUCUUAUCAGAGCUUCAGAACAACCUACAGGAAGCCCUGACUCUGUCAGUAAGGUGAUAAUGAGUCGGGUAGAGGAUGGCACUGGCAGCCAAGGUGGAGUCUGUUCCCAGAGUGAUGAAUCUAAGGCAAGAUCUGGUUCCAAAAGUGAAGAACCAAGCGCAUACUGUAUGGAUUGGCAGCAGCAUUUUGAUGUAACCCUGGGAAGAAUGGUUUACAUCAACAGAAUGACAGGACUUAGCACAUUCGUUGCUCCUACUGACGACAUUCAUACUGCUUGUACUAAAGAUCUGACAACUGUGCCUGUGGACGUCCUGCUUGGGAAUGAUGCUGUGGAUGCUGCUGCUGCUGCUGCUGCUGCUGUCAGUGAACCCCUUCAGUCUCUGUUUUCAGAAUGGAGCAAUCCAGUGUUUGCUCGAUACCCAGAGGUUGCUGUUAAUGUCAGCAGUGGCCAGGCUGAGAGCUUAGCCGUUAAAAUUCACAAUGUCCUGUAUCCCUAUCGCUUCACCAAAGAGAUGAUUCACUCAGUGAAGGUUCUCCAGCAAGUGGAUAACAAGUUUAUUGCCUGCUUAAUGAGCACGAGGAUGGAUGAGGAUGGCCGAGCAGGUGGAAACCUGUUAGUCCUGGUGGACCAGCAUGCUGCCCAUGAACGCAUUCGUUUGGAGCAGCUUAUUACUGAUUCCUAUGAGAAACAAGGUCCACAAAGCGCUGGCCGGAAGAAAUUACUGUCUUCCACAAUAAUCCCUCCACUGGCGAUCACCGUGUCAGAGGAACAAAGGAGACUCUUACGGUCUUACCACAAACAUUUAGAAGAUCUGGGGCUUGAGCUGCUCUUCCCAGAUGCUAGUGAUUCUCUGAUCCUGGUGGGAAAAGUGCCACUCUGCUUUGUAGAGAGAGAAGCUAGUGAACUUCGAAGAGGACGCUCUACUGUGACUAAGAGUAUUGUGGAGGAAUUAAUUCGAGAACAAGUGGAGCUGCUCCAGACCACAGGAAGUAUCCAAGGGACACUGCCACUGACUGUCCAGAAGGUGUUGGCCUCCCAGGCCUGCCAUGGGGCUAUUAAGUUUAAUGAUCGUCUGAGCCUAGAAGAGAGCUGCCGCCUCAUCGAAGCUCUGUCCUUGUCCCAGCUGCCAUUUCAGUGUGCUCAUGGGAGACCUUCAAUGCUGCCCUUAGCUGACCUGGACCACUUGGAGCAGGAAAAACAGGUUAAACCCAAUCUUGCUAAACUCCGCAAAAUGGUUCAUGCCUGGCAUCUCUUUGGAAAAACAGAGCAGAACCUGCAGCAGCCCAUACCUCCUUGUGAGCCCCCAUGAGAAGAGAAUUAUGGAGUGUAAGGAGACAAGGGGGUGCUGUGCGUCCUGAGCAGGUUGGCCGGCCCUGAGAGGGCUGGCACAUCAGUCUCCCAGAGCAGAUGGAGCAGGCACGUGCACUCAAGCCUAAGGGAAGUUUAUUUCUUUGCAUCCAUGCACACAGGAGUUUGCCAUAUAAUACCCAUCUUUUGUAAACUGAUUUAGUGAUAAAAUGUAAUGAUUUUGUAAUUGGUGAGUUGGCUUAUGUUUGAGGGGUGCAGCUAUUGUUUUUGAGCAGUUUUCCCCAGCCUCUCAGUUUACAUUAUGUGAGGAUGCUAAGCCCUAAGCGCUGGUCUGCUGUCCUCUGAGCCCCUGGCUCCGCCCCUCCCCAUCAAUCUCUCUUUUGCAUUUGUCUCCUUCGCUUUACACCCCUGCUUCUUCACAUUGUGCAUUACAGACGUAUGGUGUUUCUCUGCUCAUUAUAAAAAUAUUUCCUGCCAGGCAGUGGUGGCGCACACCUUUAGUCCCAGUACUUGGGAGGCAGAGGCAGGUGGAUUUCUGAGUUCAAGGUCAGUCUGGUCUGCAAAGUGACAGGACAGCCACAGGGCUACACAGAGAAACCCUGUCUCGAAAAACCAAAAAAAAAAAAAAAAAAAAAAAGCAAUAAAUAAAAUUCCUGAUGUCUUCCAGAGCGACUUUAAAUUAUAUUAGGGAUUAAAAGUUAUUUAUAGCUGGGUGUGGUGACAUAUGCCUAUAAUCCUAGUACCUGGGAGGCUGAGACAAGUCCGUGACAGGCCACCAUUUGCCUAGGCUGGAUAGAUAGCAAGACCCUGACUCAAAUAAGUAAACUAUAGACAGAGAGACACAAAGACAGAAUAGAGAAAGUUUGAAAAGAAUUUUUUAAUUCUCUUGGUAACCUGGCUGUCCUGGAACUGGAACUCAGAGAUCCCCCUUUUCUUCCUCCCGAGUGCUGGGAUUAAAGGUGUGUGCCACCACUGCCUGGCAAGAAAAAUUACAACCUUAUCCCUGGUUUUUUGAUAGUCUUACUGUUUUUUUUAAAACCAGAGGUGAAUGCUUCUAUUCUGGACUAAUAAAACACUAAAAAAUAAUGGGUUUGUUUUUGAAAAUGAAUUUGUACUUUAUAAAAUGCUUCUGUGAAAUUA